GUCCAUCAUUUUCAUAUCUCACAAAAAUCUCAAUUGGGGUAUUCAAUUUUUUUAUAUUUUAUCAACCUAAAAACCUAUGAAUAGUUUUCGACCGUCAACAAUUCUAGCGAAAUGGCUAAACUCAUGUUUUCAAUCUGUCAAUUCUGCGGAUCAAAGUGGCGAGUUAGAUCACUUCAACAUUGAAUCAGACAUUAGUCGGCCUUUCCCAUUUCCCGGCUACUCGCUCGUCCGUAUAAACGCCCCAUCCUGUCCCAUCCGAUUCCAGACCAAACCAUGCCAUGAUUCGCAUCUAAGUUUUCUAUCAUUUAACAAGCACCGAGAUGCCUUCAUGGCUCACCCGUUUUUGUUCUCGUCAGACAGUCCUGUCUGCGAAAGAAAUAUAAAAGAAGCUUCUAUCUGAGCUUUUAAUGUCCAAAAAGUUUGUCCGGCAGCGAUUAGAUAAUUAAAUCUGAAUCAGGGACUGAGAAAAAUAUACAAAUUAAAGACCAAUCGAGUCAAUAGCGAUGGAGUGCAUAAUCUUUGAGAAUUGAUCUGUAGGAAAGAUAUCUAACAGAAGAUUAUGGGACUGAAGGAGGUAAGUCAAGGUCCUCAACAGUAACCAAAUCAUGUA